AUGGAUGUUUCAAGGCAAAAACGGAUUAGGGGACCUAAUUAUACCCAAACCGAAAAAGAUUUAUUAAUAAGUAUUGUUGCCAAAUACAAAAAUGUAUUGGAAAAUAAAAGAACUGACGCUGUAAUGAUUUACGACAAGGAUGCAGCUUGGGAUAAAGUCAGUAGGGAAUUUAAUGCUAUUAUACCAAGUUGUACAAAGAGAUCUGUGGAGUCAUUGAGGAAAUUUUACGAAAAUAAAAAAAAAGACAUGCGGAAAAGAACUGCUAAUGAAAGAAUGGAGUUAAUGCGAACAGAAGGUGGCCCUCCUCCUCCAAACAAACGUGCACAAGCUCGGAUGAACUGCUUUUAUCCCUGA